CCUCCCAAAAUAACCUCCAUACCACAGCCUAAUAUGUCCAGCAGCAACUGUGUUACCCUCCAGCCCCCCACCCUGCUCCAAGCUCUCAGCCUGUGCUGAGAAGGCAUCAUAUAUCCAGGCAGGACAAUACAGUCGAUUUACUGCUGCCUCAUUGUAGCCUGGUGACAGCUGGUCAGUGGUAAGCUUUGGGGACUCGAGGAUCAGACGAGGCCUCUCUCUGUCCAUCGGAGCCUAGUCAGCCAGUCUUUCUGUGUCUGUCCAUCGGAGCCUGGUCAGCCAGUCUUUCUGUGUCUUUCUGCCGGCGUCUGGUCAGCCAGUCUUUCUGUGUCUUUCUGCCGGCGUCUCCUCACCAUGCAGCCUUCAACCAUGGACGUCAGCACCACCAAGCUCAUCCAGCCCACUACGGACCUCACCAUCACCCAGUUGAACCAGGAGUGUCUCCUCCACCUCCUCUCCUACCUGGAUAAAGACAGUCGAAGGUGUUUCUCCCUGACCUGCCAUCGCCUCAGAGAGGUCUACCUGGACCCCAGGCUGUGGUCACUGCUCUUGUUCCGCUCCCCCUCUGAGCUGAGGAGAGAGAACUAUGUGUUAGGACCGUCGCUGCGCUAUCUGGCGGUCACGUGGCACAGCACCAGGGUCAAGGUCUGUAACAUAGAGGACUGGAUGAAGAAUCAGUUCCAGAAGGAUCUCUGUAGCAAACAUGAGAGUCUGGUCAGCAGCUUCCUAGAACGUGUCUGUACCAUGUGUCCUAACCUGCUGUCCCUGACCCUGUCUGGCUGCGGGCAUAUCUCCGACCAGGAAGUGAUCCGUGUUCUGCAGAGCUGCAGUCGACUCCGCUCCCUCCGUCUGGAGAACUGCGUCCGGGUCACAGAUCUAACCCUGCGGGCCCUGGUGCUCCACGGGGCCGGGCUCCACCAGGUCACAGUGGACUUCUGCCGUAACGUUACCCAGGCAGGGCUGGAGACGGUCAGGGAAAGACGGCCGGACAUUAGGCUGACCGCUGAGAGGAGCGCAGGGAUGAUACCUGAUAGUAAACCGGACAAGAGGACGCAGCUACCACUCAGACGGAGUCUUAUGCAGAGGGUCCUAAUGUUCUCCUGAUGACACUACGCCUGUGUCUCUAUGGGCCCUGGUUAAAAUGAGUGCACUACAUAGGGAAUAGGGAGCUAUUUACGACUAGUGUUCCAUUUGGGAGACAACCUACUGCUGCAGAAGGUCCUGCUGUUAUCAUGAUGAGAGGCUAUGGCUGGGUCCCAAGUGGCCCCCUAUUCCCUUUGUAGUGCACUACUUUAGACCAGAACCCAAUAUGGACUGCAGAAGGUUCAGCUGUUAUCCUGAUGACCAGAACCCAAUAUGGACUGCAGAAGGUUCAGCUGUUAUCCUGAUG